UACUCCGAUCAAUAUGAGUGCGGUCCAGAUAUUACAGGUAUGUGUGGUGUUUGUUGUGGCAGGAGCCCGAGCUGAGAGAGCCGAGAGAGCUGAGAGCAGCGAAGAGAGCGAGAGCUGGGAGACGCGCUCGUCGCGACAAGACAAGAGAGGGAUAGGGCCUCAAUAUUCCCCAUAUCAAAACCCCCCUAACAAGGCCUCCAGUUAUGCCCACUUUGCGGCCGCUCAUCAGCCCCUAAGACCUGCCCCCGGACAGGGACACCCGGCUCAGUACCAGAGUCGACCCGCACCUAGACUAGUGCCGGGGGCGAACGCGUACAGCGCAGGCUACGCGCACCAGCAGCAGCACCGACGCGAGCCGCCGGCGAACGCGCUGACCGUCUACCCGGUCUUCCCAGCUGCACCGAGCGGCCCCUCAUCCGGGCUCCAACCCUUCCCGCAAUUCUACCCCCAGCAGAAGCCCAAAGUCCACCCGCAGAAGAAGCGACCCAUCCAGGCCCCCGAGAGCUUCCUCCCACCCAGCGCCUUCGCCCACUUCCCGCCCGGCUUCCAGAACCCCGUCCAGACCGACUCCUACUUCAACUACGACGAGAACGAGGACUCAUGAACAACGCCACAGGCCGUCGUACACCCAUCCUCCGCCUCGAGGACAUAAGAGCAACCUCAAAAUAGCGCAUUAAUGAGCUUUGUCAACUUGAAAGAUGUGCGGCUCAUAAAAUGAUGUGGCGGGGACUUAGAUGAGAGGCU